AUGCUGAACGACGUUAAAGUGGAAGCUGACCCGGGAUCCCUGGACCUCCUUAACGCAUGGAACAAGGAAACCCCCCAGAUAACGGGGAAGAAAUGGAAGAAACCUCGGGGAGAAACAGAGGAGGAUCCCCCAGACCCCAGCGAUGCCCCUGCUCCUCAGCGCUGCUUCUCCUCCUCCUCCUCCUCCUCCUCUCCUCCUCCUCCUUCUCCUCCUCCUCCUCCUCCGCAGGCCGUGUGUGAGGGCUGCUCGCGGAUCAUCUCAGACCGCUUCCUGAUGCGGGUCAACGACGCGUCCUGGCACGAGGGCUGCCUGCAGUGCGCCGCGUGCCAGCAGCCGCUCACCGCCACCUGCUACUCCAGAGACACGAGGCUGUACUGCAGGGCCGACUACCAGCAGUUGUUUGCCAGUAAGUGCAGCGGCUGUCUGGAGAGGAUCGCUCCCACAGCGUUUGUGAUGCGAGCUCUGGAGAGCGUUUACCACCUCAGCUGCUUCUGCUGCUGCGCCUGCGAGCGCCAGCUGUGCAAAGGGGACGAGUUUGUCCUGAGAGACGGUCAGCUGCUGUGCAAGGACGACUACGAGAGGGAGCGGCUCGGUACCGUCAGCCCACACACCUCGGACUCAGACAAGAGUGAGGAUGAGGAUCUGAAUGUAACAUCAGAGUGCCGAGCAGCAGGGAAAGGCAGGGAUGACAGCAAAGACCCCCGCCGGCCCAAGCGUCCUCGCACCAUCCUCAACACCCAGCAGAGGAGAGCCUUCAAGGCCUCCUUCGAUGUGUCCUCCAAACCCUGCAGAAAGGUGAGAGAGACCCUGGCUGCAGAGACGGGACUCACUAUACGCGUGGUCCAGGUCUGGUUCCAGAACCAGAGAGCAAAGAUGAAGAAGUUAGCUCGCAGACAACAGCAGCAGCACGAGCAGCACACCACCCAGAGGCUAGGCCAAGAGGGGAUGUCGAUGGACGGCCUGCUCAGCUCCUACUCAGGACAUCUCCCCCUGACCCAGCAGCUGGUGAUGGAUCACAGCGGAUACUCGGAGCCCUUCCAGCAGGGCCUCACGCCGCCACAGAUGCCCGGUGACCACAUGAACCCCUACGGCACUGACUCAAUCUUCCACGACUUUGACAGCGACGCCUCUCUGACGAGUCUCAGCGACUGCUUCAUGGCUGCUCCGGAUGUCGGCUCCUUCCACUCUCGGGCGGGAAACCCUAUCGACCGACUGUACUCCAUGCAGAGCUCCUACUUUGCCUCUUGUGGCCCAAGCAUCACCGUUAGUGCCAUCCAACCCGCCACGCCACAUCCCAGGUCAUGAACACGGUGCAGCUACAGAUCAGGAAGCAGGGAAAUGUGACUACAGGUCGACCAAAUAUACCUGACUGACCUCCACCAGCAAAAGGGAGGAAUGGAUCUUGCAUCCCAUGCCUGGAACAAGCCACCAGGAAGAGAGUUGAAUGUCCUAGUGGCCAAUCAGUUGUACUACACCUUGGGACCAAACAUUUCCCAUUGACUUACAUUGGGAAAGUCUGUAAAGCAGCUUUUUAUUUAUAUCUUUGCUAAAUCAAAUACCCAGUGUGAACACUUCAUUAGCCCAUAUUUAAAUUGAUGGGAAACCCUAAGUGUGCAUGCUCUAUAGGCCAAGAUCCCGGGUAUUUCUUUACUCAAAAAGGCCAUUUUGGUGAAAAGUGGGAGUAAAGUUCAUGUCUUUGUGACGGGAACGUUACGUUUCAGGCUCCUGCGUGCCUCACACAGUUCAACAGGUGCAUUAAUAAUGUUGUAAGGUGGUUUUAAUGCAACUUUAAAGUAAAUAUAGUUUUGGUAAUAUGUUAUUUAAGCCAAACGCCAAACCUUACUGCUGCGUAGAGUCAUUGCUCCGUGGCUGAAUGUAUAUAAUGUUCUAAAUGGUUGUAAAGAAGCAUCCAGUUUUGCAUGUUGGGAUGGACAGCGUUUAUUUAUUUCUCACGAACAUGCUGGUAUACAUAAAAUAAAAAGACUAUAUUUAAAAAAGACAAUAUGAUCCCUGUUGUAAAGUCCGGAAACGAACAUUGUAAUUGUGCUAUUUAUCCUGGUGUUUGUGUUGCUUACUGAUGAGUGUGUGAAUGACUGACGCUUGGCUAUUUAUUUUUACAUUGAGAUCAUCUGGACAG